GACUCUUCCAUGUUGUCGUGGGCACCAUGUUGAACCCUCAUCGCCAGUCUGUGCUGACCAAUGCCUGUAUCAAGCCCUCCGUGGAUCCCAUCACCCGGACCGCCGGCACCAUCUAUGAACCAAAGGGCCAGGUCCGACUUUUGGGUCUUCUUUCAGAAAAUUCCCCAUCACAGCAGGAGGACUACCUGGAUGCUGGGGAUGGAAUGCUUAUCUGUAUGAAACGGAACAAAAAGAGAACCCUUCGCCCUGUCCAGAAAAGUUGCUGGGAGCCUGAACAAGCUGGCCCAAAUGUCAGUGAAGCCUCAGAUGUCGAGCCUGAUCAAGACUUAAACAGGCAACUGGAACCUGUCCCUCAGGACCAGAGCAAUGCAUCCCCGCAGCCCGAAAGCGCCAAGCCACCUCGCCCAGGGUCCUUCCCUUUCCACUGGAUGUGGGAGAGCUUUUCCAUCAAAGGCCAGGCUGUCUACCAAGACCGUGUUUUGGAUAAGGCCAAGAAGUUGACCUUGCCGCGGGCUUCUACCGACAGCCACCGGGAGCCCCCUGGCAACCCCCCCUUGUCCUUGGGCUCCCCAGCUCCCAAAGACAGCCACUGCUUGGAAGUCUUCAAGGCUUCUGGAACCCCCCAGAAGCACCAUCCUCACUCGGGCCUGCUUCCCAGAGGCUCUCUCUUGCCACUCUUCUGGAAGAUGGAAGCCCGGUCAGAAGCCCGGAAGCAUCAGUUGCGCCAGGAACGUUGGCGUUGGCUCCACCUCACCCAGCAGCUCCUGGCCCUUGAAGGGCAGGGACUCCAGCAAGGAAAACGCCCCUCCCUCAGGUUGCUGGAAGAGAAGCUCCAAGCAGAGCUUCUCUGCUUGGCCACGGAGCCCGAAGAACCUGGCCCGCAGAAGGAGAAAAGGAAGCCCAAGGCUCGGCCCCCAACUCCCAAGGAGGAGCCGACGUUCAAGCCCAUCAUUAAUCGGCGGGUGCCCAACUUCAAGCAUCUGCAGAGGCACUUCCAAGAGCAGCUGGAGCAGAGGAAAGAGCAAGGAAAACUGACCGUCUGCAAGCCCUUCCACCUUCAUUCCAGCAGCUCUCAGCCUCUUUCGGAAGAUGAGGAAAAGAAAGACCAAGAAGAUUUGUUUCAGGACCUCCGGCAGCGCUGGGGCAUAGACUGGAGGGCCCAGUCUUGCCCAGAUUUUGAACCAUCUAUGGUCCCUCAAGUGAUGACCACCAAGGCUUCUGAUAAAAGACAGGAAGCCAACAGGAUGCUUUUGCUGGAAUGGGAACGGCGAGAACAGCAGGAGAAACGGCGGGCGGAGCUGCGCAGAUUGAGGGCGCAGCACAUGCAGAAGGAGGUGGCCAAGUGCCUGGCUACUUACCAGACCCCAGGACGCUCUGCUGGGUCCGUCCAGAGAAGGCGGGAAGAGCUCAGGAGGCAAGAGAAACAGCGCGUGGAAGAAUACAUGAUCCAGCUGCAGGAGAUGCAAGACCGUGUCGAGAGCCGCCCGUACCUCUUUGAGAGGGUCAUGCAGGCAAAUGCCCGCCAGGCAGUGGAGCGCCGCUUCUCCCAAGUCUUGUCUGCCCUGGGCAUCGACGAAGACAUGCUGUGGAAGCAUGCUGCUCGUCAGUCUUCGGGCAAAUAUGGAGUCAAAGUCAUGCAUCGGAGGACAGAGUCCUUAGAGGAUCUCCGAAAAUCAACCUAAGCGGAAAAUAGGAAGCCAAACCGCAUCUGGGCCACCAGCUACCCCUGCCUUCUGGACAUGUACUCCUGGGCCAUCUGAAAAUAAAACUAACUUUGAGAAG